UGUGAGACUCACGCAAAUGACAUGUUGGCAUCUUGGUCGCGGUUGGCCCUAUGUGCUGGCGCAGUUGUUUUGGCAGCGUGGUCUUUAAUUAUCACAAGCAGGUUGGUGAGAUUACAGGAUGACACUGGCCCGGUUUUUCUUGAACAGCCUGUGGAGACAGUGGUUGCUCCAUCACCUCUCUUUCUUCUUUGGGCUUAUGAUUUUUCAAUGAGAACUGAUUCUGGCUUUAUGCUUGAGUUUGCGGCGGAACUCAUAGCUUUGGGGUACAGAGUAGUGAUGGAAAGCCCUUCUGAUGGGGCGCUGCCGCAACGGCUCUAUCCCCAACAUGCGUUCACCGCCAGAGUGAACCCUCAUUUGCAGAAGGUUUUGUCAGGGCACAGUGGUGCUGCACGGAAUGCCAUCGAUGCCAUUGGUGAGUCUCCAGAAUUUAUCGUUUGCUUCUCCAGUCUUUGGGCGCCAUUUUUUCUUCAAAUGCCGGAUAAGAAUGACCUGCGAGCUAUUUGGUACUUCUACACGCCCCAGAGAUGUGACACAUCUAAGGACGCUUGCCAGUUGGAGUCGUCUCUGCUUUGGCAAGAGUUGGUCAGGGUAGCUGGAUGCAAACCCAAUCAUUUCGGAGUCUGUGUGGCCCUCCCUUUGGCAAGGGGGUAGAGGAGACCAGUUGGGAGACAGAGCAGAUUGGAAAGGCUAUGGCCAAAGCUCACAAAGUGGUUUUUGCCAGUGCUGCUCGCCAGAGAGAGUGGUCGCAACAAGACCAUGGGCACUUCACAACUCUUCGACCAUUUGUACGAAAUGUCAGUCUACUUCAUGAAGGGCUCACGGCGCAGAAUCGAAACCAGCUCCGGCAGAUCAUUCGGGCUGAGCAUCAUCUAAGGUCUGAAGACUUCAUGAUCACUGUCUUUGGAUCAGAUCCUUGCAAGACAGGACGAGAUCUCCUUUUGGGACAUGUCUUGAACGUGCUGAACACGUCCUCGGAGCGUUCGUGGUUCGUCGCAUCCUUUGGAUCAACCAGCAUCGCUCAGCGUGCCAAUUUCAUCUCCUUCGACUGGACCAACCUCGGGAAAUACCUGGCAGCUGCAGACUUGCAUGUCAGUUUGAGCUGGCAAGACUUUCCGCUGGACACGCUCUAUGCCAGAGCAUUGAGUGUCCCGGUCCUUGCACCCAUAUCUGAGUUGGCUGAAGGGAACUCACUUGAUGGGAGCUUUGCCUUGCCCGACUUGACAGAAGGUGCUCUUGAAACUUCUUUGGAAACCAUCCUCCGAUUGAGCGCAAAGGACUUGUCGGCUAUUGGAAAGAGAGGUCGGGUCGCGGUAGAGGCGAGGUUCGCCGGUCCAGUGGUUCAGACCCGAAUGUCGCAUUUGCUGGACAUUUUCAAAGCCCCAAAGUUAGCGAAUUGGCUUGCUGAUGGGCCUCGAAUUGGCAUUUUCAUCCAGAUGCAUGACCCAAGCCGAUUUCACCAGUUGCGACAAUGUAUUUUCAACACGUUGACCGUGGCUGGAAAUGGCACUGUGGAUAUUUUUCUGAUCACCACUCAGCCUCUUGAGCAGUUAUUUUAUAUGGUCAAAAGAAUUGUCAAGGAAUCCUUGCCAGCACUUCGCUUUGUUGUGACCUCAAGGGCGGACAAUAAAGGUGCAGACAUUGGACUGUUUCUGCACCAACUUCUUCUUGCAAAAGAACUUUCCUUCGACCAUGAUCUCAUCUUGAAACUGCACACCAAGCGAGACAAACCUUGGAGGGAAAGGAUGGUUCGAGAGGUUUGCGGAAGCACCCAACUUGUGAGGAAGAUCAUCGAGAAGUUCAGCGACCCGACCAUCGGCAUGAUUGGUCCUAGUAGUUUUACUUGGACAAAGGUUGGGCGCAAAGGCCUUGGAGUGUUUGGCCUUGGGAUUCAUGCUUUCUCUGAAGUGGCGACUGUUCAAAUGAGAACCGCUUGGUCAUUAAUCAGUCCAGCUGGUCUUCCACCUCAAGACACUUGGACAAUUGUGGCCGGAUCCUUCUACUGGGUCAGAGCAGGCUUGAAGAUCUGGGAAGAGAAACUUCUGAACUACGCCCCGACACUCUUGGACGUGAUGGGACCGUAUAAAAGUGGCUGCAAUGACUUUGGGUGCAAUACAGCACUUGGCCUAGAAAGAGUCAUGCCUACAUUGGUUGCUACAACGUUCACAGUUGCUACUGAGCUUUCGAUCAACACCGCAAACGUGAAGAAUUCAACCAGGCCUGCAGCGCUUGAGGAUAAUGAGACCCAUUUGACUGCAUCAGUGCUUGAGAACACUAGCCAAGUGGACAAUAGCUCCUCGCCAGUUGGAAAUUAAUCUAGUUUGACUUGCCAGUUGAAAUAGCCUUGCUUAAAGCAGGCAUAGGGAAAAGAUCCUAAGGAAAGCUUCGCGAGAAAGCAAUUGGUCAACCGCAAGUGAUACUGGUUGUGAACACCCCUAGAUUACCUCUACCGAAGGUUCGUGGUCAUAAUGCUUGCCAGUGAAGAGGGCUUUCGUUUCGUGGGGAAGUGACGAGAGGUUCACCUGCUCUGCCUUCACUCGAAGAAGUACGUGCUAUUCAUCACCUUGACGGGACACACCCGGCUGUAGUUUUUGUUCUGCCGCCGUAACAACUACAACAUAACAACCAGCAUGGAGACCCAGCUUGUCACAUCGUUUGGGAAAGUGCUGAGAAUGUUGGGAAACGCGUUUUGGCACAGUCUUUUGAGCCAGUGGCAACAAUGGUGGACCAAAAUUUGUAGAGUAAUUCAGUGCGCGCCAUUCUUUCAUCGUUUGCUAAGGGUUGCCUUUGCGCAUAUACAAAGGCACUGAUAAAUAGGCGGGCAGCUGCAGACGCGGGAACCUGGCCAUGAUACAUGCUUAACACACUAGUGGGGACACUUCCUUCCCAUAUCUUG